CUCUAGAGUCAUUUUCUCCUGGAAGACCUGGAACCUUUUUAUAUUAACUCAAACCCUAACCACUGCUACACCACCACACUCACAUCCCCCAAAAUGAACCUGUUCGUACUGAGCUUCAUUCUAAGCCUGGAUCUAGUGGCCGUGGCUCUCGGCUUGUCCACUUGCAGCACCUUAGACAUGGACCAGUUCAUGAAGAAGCGCAUCGAGGCCAUCCGAGGCCAGAUACUGAGCAAGCUGAAGCUCAGUCGGCCACCCGAGGACUUUCCAGAGCCGGAGGAGGUGUCCCGGGACAUCAUUGCCAUCUACAACAGCACAAGAGACCUGCUGCAGGAGAAAGCCAACGAGCGAGCGGCCACCUGCGAGCGCCAGAGGAGUGAGGAGGAGUACUAUGCCAAGGAGGUGCACAAGAUAGACAUGCAGCCCUUCUACCCCUCAGAGAAUGUCAUUUCUGCAACUCACUACAACCCGUACUUCAGACGGCUCAGGUUUGAUGUGAGCUCCAUGGAGAAGAACGCUUCCAACCUGGUGAAGGCUGAGCUGAGGAUCUUCAGGCUACAAAAUCAAAAGGCUCGUGUAUCAGAGCAACGCAUUGAGCUUUAUCAGAUUCUGGGCCAUAAAGACCUCACAUCACCCACACAGCGCUAUAUCGACAGCAAGGUGGUGAAAACACGAACAGAGGGCGAGUGGCUGUCAUUUGACGUGACAGAGGCAGUCAGCGAGUGGCUACUACACAGAGACAGAAACAAUGGAUUUAAGAUCAGCCUGCACUGUCCCUGUUGCACGUUCGUGCCAUCAAAUAAUUUCAUCAUACCAAACAAGAGUGAAGAGCUGGAGGCUCGCUUUGCAGGGAUUGAUGACAGCUUCAUCCAUGGUGGCGAGAUAAAGUUUAAAACCCGACGUCACAGUGGCCAAUCACCACACUUGCUUCUCAUGUUGCUCCCAUCCUACCGUCUGGAGUCCCAGCACAAGAGCCACAGACAGAAACGAGCUCUGGACGCUGCCUUCUGCUCCAGGAACGUCCAGGACAACUGCUGCCUGCGCUCACUCUACAUUGACUUUAAGAAGGACCUGGGAUGGAGGUGGAUCCAUGAACCGAAAGGUUACAAUGCUAACUUCUGUGCAGGAGCAUGUCCUUAUCUGUGGAGUUCCGACACCCAACACAGCAAGAUCCUUGGCCUGUAUAACACCAUUAAUCCAGAAGCAUCAGCCUCUCCAUGCUGCGUGUCCCAGGACCUGGAGCCUUUGACCAUCCUUUAUUUCAUCGGCAAGACUCCCAAAAUCGAGCAGCUUUCCAGUAUGAUCGUGAAGUCCUGCAAGUGCAGCUAGGAACUGGCUACAGCUGCGACAUAUCAUUAUCACACACUCACACACAUGCACACACACACGCACUAUCAUUCAAAUACAAUCACAGACUGUUCUUGUUUGUGCUGGUAUACAUCAUGCUGUGCAGACAGGAGACAGAAUUGUACAGAACAUUUCCUCUAAACGACAAAUUAAUUCAGACUGAAAGUCAUCGCCUUCGCUCUUUUAAGUGUGUGUGUGUGUGUGUGUGUGUGUUUGUGUGUGUGAAUGCGCUGAGAACAAUGAUCCUGUUAUUAUGUCUCAUCUCAUUACACCAGGACGUGAGUAUGACAAACACUGGAAGUACAUAAAUACAUGUCUACAUGUGAAGUAGUAGAAAAGAGCAUCUUUUGUUUCAGCAGGCAGUUACAACAAACACUUUUUUUUCUUUUUUCUGUCUUUUUACCUAUUGAUCCCUCAAAAUACAUUUUGGGGGGAUUGUAAAGCUGUGUUUGGGUCAAGAAAGUUGCUAAACAUCUUAAGCCUUGCUUGCAAGAUAUCAAAGGAGCGGCCUGGCAGUGACAUUACUUUCAAGGGAUGUAAAUGAAAAAAGACACUUUUGAAGUACAGAGACUGAAAAUAGCUGAAUGAUAUUUCAGCCGACGAUGUUGCUUACUGUGGAUCUGAAACUACAAGCUAUGCAGUGGAAAGUGUGGAAAGUGUAAAGUCCGGGACGGUUGGCUCUUUGUUUAUGCGUUUCUACUUUCAUCAGUUGUACAGGACAAAACAUACCGUAUGCAAAUAAAAUAAUCUGUCACAGUUACAAAUAUCUGACACACGCAUGUACACACCCAGCAGUAAGCAGGUUUAUGGUAGGUUUCUGGUAGAGGACGAAGUAUUGUGAACAUUUUUAAAGGGAACUGUGUUGGAAAAGUUAGAGGACAGACAGGGUAACAGCGAAGGGACUUUAGCCAAGUUAUUAGAGGCAUGUAGAGCAGAUGUCUUACAAUGUUUGUGGCUUACAACAGUAAAUAGUACCAAUUAUUUUAACAGAUGCACUUCUACCCAGGAAUUAAGCAAUGUUUCACAAAGUUGGGGGGUAAUUGUGCAAGCUCUUCAGCUGGAAAUCCUGGGUUGACUUAAUUUACAGGGUCAAAGCCUUACUAUGGAAUUGCUUGCUUAACCCUUGUGUAAUAAUAAGCAAGAAGACAGACAAAUAGAAAU